UCAGUGAACAAAGAGACUUUUGAAGAAUGACGCCAACAGCGGCAGUGAUAUAUAUGUACACAUGUGUGUGUAUGUAUAUGUAGUAUUAUGUAGUAUGUACUUAUGUACAUAUGAAUGCGGAUAAUCGCUGGCAGACGCUGCCAAACAGCCAGGCAAUAUGGACAGCUGUUACCGCUUCCUCUCCCCGCCAUCAGCGCCAUAGCCAGACCAACACAAAUGCUGGCGCAUUGGAAUUUUUAACAAUGUCUAUCUAUCACCCGGCCAGGGCAUCACGUUUAGAAUAAAAUAUAUUACAAAUUAUUUGCUUAUUUUGUUGAAAAAAGAAACUUCAAUGUUUCAGUUUGCGCGAAGGCAGCGUUGAGCGUAGAAGCAAAUGUAGUUGUACGCACAGGACGGCAUAGGUGGCGAAAUAUUCGGUUGAUUGAAAUUAUAAUACGUGAUUACGCGAUUUCAAUUAAAUUUCACACGAGUUUACAUGGAAUAGCGCACUAUCGACAAAAGAGUUCUAAACGUGCAUAAAUACAUACGUACAUGUAUUGUGGUUUGUCUGAACUGAGAAUGAAAGUAUGUGAUUCCGAGAAAUCGUAUCAAUUAUUUCAUUGAUAUAUUUUCCAAAUAUGCAAAUAUGAGCAAAUUAAAUCAGUUGAUAAACGCGAAAGCGCAUUAAAUGUUUUAUUCAGCACGUAACUACUGUCCACAAGCCUUCCGAGCGAAAUAUUUACAUGUGUAGUUGUGCACUACCACAUGCAUAAACGGAAAUCUACAAAUGAAUUUAGCAGCCAGCAGCCCAACUCAAAUGCCCAGAUGUGGCGAAAUAAUUGACAAAUUACAUCAAAGCACACACAAAAAACCAAAAACUCAUCAACAAGUAAACGUCAUUUGUUGCCUCUUAUCCCAGACACAACAGAGUCACACUAAUAAAAUCAACAACAAUGAAAUCGAUUUACAGUGGCGCAAAACAACAACUUAGUAGCUGUAUGCAGCACGACAGUGACGAUAUACCACCCGUCAUUUUGGUGGCGAACAACGAUUACAACCACCACCAAAACAGCUACCAACCACCGCCGACGCUUAACCACCAUUCUCGACAUUACGACCACCAGCGCACACAGCUAACAAAUCAUAGUAGUAGUAAUCACCAGAGUAAUAACAAUAACAAUGUAAAUAACAGCUUUAUCACAGCCGUUACGACGCCCAUAACGGGCACGAGCACUUAUGAGACGCUAGAGCGUCCCUUCAAACACGAUCGUCGGCGAGGUCAGUGGUCAGCGACGGCAGAUUUCUAUUUUGCCUGCACGAGCCAUGCUUUCGGCUCGAUUAUCUUCUCGGAGGUGCCAGUCUAUGCGAUGAUUUUUGGCGGAGUUUUCUUCCUACCAAUGUACUUGACCGCCAUCUUCUUGUACGCUAUUCCCAUUUUUAUUAUACAAACAUUUUUGGGACAAUUUUCUACUUCCGGGUUAAUAUCGGCAUUCCGUGUGGCGCCACUUUUCAAAGGCAUUGGUUAUUCUAUAUUACUGCUAAAUCUUAUUUCACUCGCCUAUUAUGGCAUUGUGGCAGCUGUGCCGCUUAUCUACGCUGCCAAUUCCGUUCACGCUGUGAUACCAUGGAUGAGUUGCGAUAACGCGUGGAAUACGCCCAAUUGUUCGACACAUUCAACAUAUGACGCUGAUGAAAUAUCGCUCGAUCCGCAUGCGACGGUGGAGUUUUUUCGCUACAUCAUUCGUCCCGACGAUGAUACGACUCAAGAAUAUGCGAUAUCUUGGCCGGUGCUAUGCGGUGUGGUGGGCGUUUGGCUGCUUACCUUGGGAAUACUCCUGAAACGUGUCUCAUUUAUCGGCAAAUUUUUUCGCUGCAUUUGUGUUAUAAUGUUUGCCAUUUUUUUGGCGAUUUUCGUGCAUCUCAUCUGUUACAUCAAACUCGACUGGGACACCUUUACGAGCUACUUUAAACCAACAUUGCAGAGCAGCUUUAGCGGCAUUAUGGGUGGUUUGCGUACAGCGAUUUUCAUGUCCACCUGGCUGCUGGGCCCCGGCUGGGGUAACGUACUAACACUAGCCAGUCAUAAUCGCUUCCACCGCGACAGCGAGAAGCUCACUUAUUGGGUGAGCGGGACGCAUGUGCUGCUCGCGUUCAUGGCGAUGAUUUGUGGGCGUAUCGCUUUCGAUCACUUUGAAGAUCACGUGGGCUUUCUGCACUUCCACUUUGACGAGGAGCACUACAUGCAAUUUCUUUACCUCUGUUUUGCAUAUCUUUUUGGUAGUUUUACAAGCUUGCCAAAUUUUUGGUGUUUUCUAUUCUUCGGCAUGAUUUUUCUGGCGGAGCUAAGUGCAAUUAUAAUCCAAAUGAUGUCUAUUCUAACAGCUUUGUUCGAUGAGUACGAACAUUUGCGAACAAAGAAAUCACGCAUUACAAUCGCUCUGGCUUUGCUGAUGUUGACUGUGUCAAUUUAUUUUUGUACCAAGAAGGGCUUAGAGCACCUGGAUCUACUCCCCAACAUUGUUAUCCUCUCACAUUUGAUUAUCUCGUUCGUUUUAUUACUCAUGACCACUUGGAUUUACGGGCGUGAACGUUUCCAAUGUGAUCUGCAAUUUAUGUUGGGCAAAACUAUUUCGAGUUUUAAAAUAUUUUUAAUACGAUUUUUAACGCCAGCAUUUUUUGUGCUAAGCAUUAUUCAAACGCUUUAUUUUUUGGAGCGCGACAACUCACCAACUGUUCUUGUUAUCGUCAGUCAGUGUGUGAUAUACGCCAUAGCACCUGCCUAUAUGAUUUAUAAAGUUUGCCAAACUAAUGGCACAUUGCGUAAUAGACUGAAACAAUGCUUUGCACCGCACGACUGGCAUCCCGUCGAUGCUGAUAAUCGACGCUUCUACGAAGAGAUUAUGGGCGUUUCGGAAUUGCUGGUGUUGGAAGGUGGCGAAGAGCACUGCGCUGUGAAUGCUUAAAACAUUACAUGCAAGCAUACAAAUAUUUAAUAUGAAUAGAUUUUUUACCCUGCAGUACUAGCUGGCUACGUUACAACGACUGUUUAGUUCGCUCUCUAUCCCUCUCUCUCUCUGCUCAUUUCGUUAGUGGUUUGAAACAGACACAAAAUCGCUUACAGAGGGGAGUAGUUGUGGUGUAGUUCUGCGUGACUAUGUACCAUACGCUCGAUUUAGGUUUCGUUACCCGUCGGGGACAUGAAAUGUUUAAAAAUAAUAAACAUAAUUUCCUUAAAGCGAUCAACCCUCAACUGGUAAUGCCUGAUCGUCGAGUGCAUUUCUGCCAUGAAAAGUUUCUCAUAAAAAUUAUCGGCCUUGUGGAGGCGACAUAGGGCUGUGCCUACAAUGUAGAUCAGUGAGACCAGUCCACCAUGAAUUGGAAGAGAAAUUGAUGCGCAAAGGGGCCGGUCUCCCUCAAGUUCUAACAUUAUGAGCAAUUAUGAGUGAUUUUAUUGUAAUAACUCAUUAAUGCUCAGUACUUUUUUUUGAAUUUCAAUAUUAAAAUUCUAGAAAAUGGUAUUUGAGAAUAUAAAAGGAUACUUUUUCCAAGAAAUUUGGAAAAAAGUUGAUAAUGGGCAAAAUAUAUUUAUUUUUUAUCAUUUAUCGUUAUCUGCUCUUUCAUAUUUUUCAUCAAUCUAACUCUCAAAGCACAAAAAGAGCGACACACUGGUGGCCAAAUUAAGUUACCAAUGAGUAUAAAUAAGUUAAGUGAUAUUAAGAGUAUCAGACUAAUCACUUUCAAAUAUAGUUCAAAUAUAAUCGGAGACCUAAACCUUAGAAUGAAAAACCCAAAGUUACUGCUAAGUUUAUCAAAACGGCGCUUUAUUACUACUUGAGGAUUGCCAGACUGGCACUUCAACCAUUUCACCUACCUACAUACCUACUGCUCUAUUCAUUGAGCGGUACAGGUGUCAACAAGUUUUUCAAUACAAGCUCUUACUAAUAAUUCCAUGUAUCAGUCAGCUCUUAGUACUUAACAGACCUGUUGAAAGCUACAAGUAACUUCAUCUUAUGGCCCAUGGAGUUACGAAAUGUUUCCUUAGCCAGCUUGCUGUGGCAACUGUACCCAUCUUAAAGGUACUCUCAGUGAUACUAAGCAGCUUAGUUAAGUACUAAACAAGGUGCUUCACCUAUUGAUGAAUACCCCUGAUGCGUUUCGUGUAAAGGACGAUGAGAGUCUAUAAUAGUUACUAACAACUCAAAGGGGGUCUUGCACUAGUGUUGAGUUGAGUAGAGGCACAGCUAUUGGGCAUUUUCAGCCUAAAGAUUUUGUUGGUGAUUUGUUUUGUUCUAAAUAUGUCAGUCCUUUGCGUGGCUUCAGCGAAUAUCUUGUACUGCAGGAAGUUGAAUUUACAUACGUAAAUUAAUCAAACCAGUCAAUGAGUAUGCCAUAUAUGAAUAUAGAAAUGCUUGUAUGUAAAUGCUUAAAAGUGGAAUACUAUACGAAUAUUCAAAUACAUAAAUAAAUAGUUUUUCAAAUACGAGUUUAGAAAUAAUUAUUAAAAUGUGCGUAGAUUUUUUUAAGCAGCAUUUUUUUUAUAAGAUACCAUAAGUCAAUUUAUAUACAAGAUACGAUUAUAUUGUGAUGAAGUGAUAUACCAGUUAAGAAUACUCGAUAUUAAUAGUAAUGCAUGUAUGUGUCUAGAUAAUAAAUAAAUAAUUAUGUAGAUAUUGCGUAAAAAAUUUAUGUAAGAAUUUAAGUAUGGAAUGUAUUUUUCAAUGUCAAAUCAGCUGAAAUAGACUUAAAAUGCAGGAAAAACGUUGCAGUACCGUC